AAGGAAAUUAAUCUUUCUACAUGGUAUCAGAGCCUAAAAUACCAAAACCCUAAUUCUCUCCCCUCCUCUCUCCCUCUCUCGGCCUGAGCCGCCGCCCCACCAGCGGCAGCCCCUCCUGCCGCCGUCUCUUCCUCUCGCCGGUAGUCAUCCCUCCCCUCUCUCACAAUCAUGGCCGAAGCUAGUGAAGUCACCUCUCAAAAUACCUCCCCCAAGCCUCCUCAUCUUGCUUUCACAACAGUAUCUAAUGUGAAACUCCAUGUUCCUGUUCAACUCAGUCUCUCUCAACCCAACUACGAAAAGUGGAGCCGACUUUUUCUCCUUCUUGUUCGGUGCUUCAACCUCCAGGGUUACCUCGCUGGCUCUGUCGUCCCCCUCUCCGAUGACGACGAUGAAUGGUUCCAACUUGACGCUCUCCUCCAGGGUUGGAUUCUCUCUACCAUCACCGAUGAGGUCUCAGAUCUGGUAAUCUCCUCUGUUUCUACUGCCUCUGCUCUCUGGAAAGUCGUUCACGACUUAUUCCACGACAACAAACAUGCCAGGGCCAUGCAGUUGGAGCAUGAAUUUCGCACGACCAUCAAAGGCAACUCCACCAUGGCGGCUUAUUGCCAACAAUUGCAGAAUCUGCCCGACUGGCUAGACGAUGUCGAUGCACCAGUCUCCCAGCACCAACUUGUUCUCCAAAUGCUUCGUGGUCUUCCUGCAGAUCUUCAGGCACAAACAUCUUUCAUGCAAUUUCAGGAUCCCAUGCCCACUUUUCUGCAAGUCUGUUCUGCACUCAUGCUUCUGGAUCGACAACGGACGAGUCCCACUGACUCGGGCACCACGGCUCUUCUCUCGAACCGUGCCGGUGGCGGCUACCACGACGGUACUCCCGGCGGCUAUGGCAGACAGCAUGGUGGCACGGGCUAUGGUGACGGCAAUCCCGGUCAACGUGGAGGCUACGGACGAGGCCAAGGUCGUGGCGGUGGAAAUCGGGGGCGAGGUCGCGGACGUCAAAAACGGCUCACGACCGCGGCAAUCCUACGACGGCAACAAUACCUGGAACUCACCAAACCCUAACCCUAACCCGGGCCUCCUAGGUCCCCGCCCCAACCACCCCCACCCCGCCCACGCCUACUACACCCUAGCCCCCUUAAAAUGAAAUACAAGUUUUAAAAUACACCAGCAACGUAAAUCAAAACAAAGGAAGAUCAAUUCUUGGAUGUAUGUCUUGUUGUAUGGCGUGUCUUCGAAAGUCUAUGUUGUGUUAGAAAUGUACUGCACUGAUCUGAUUUUGAAAUUGCAGAAUUACAUUUUAAAGAAACUAACUCCCUAUUU